AUGGCGGACCACUCAACCAUUCAAACACAUACAAAGACGCCGGACGACGAGGCCUUGAAGAAGGAUCUCUCUACGGUUGACGUCGUUAGCGACAACAGUUAUCUGGGUAGCCCCGGUCAUCUGGAAGAGCAGUAUACCCCAACUCAACGUUUCUUCCGCUCGAUCCAGAGGUAUAUUUGGGAUGAUCCAGACAAACUAAGACAUGAGAAGAAGUUCCUACUCAAACUUGACUUCUUCCUUCUGACCUAUGCAUGCCUGGGGUACUUCUGCAAGAAUUUGGAUCAACAAAACAUCAGCAACGCAUACGUUUCUGGAAUGAAGGAAGCGUUAAACAUGCAUGGCAACGAGCUCACAUACCUGAACAACGUCUUCACUGCUGGCUAUGUCAUUAGUCAACUACCGGCGGUUAUUCUCGUCACAAAGUUGCGGCCGUCUUAUGUGAUCCCCACGCUCGAAUGUCUCUGGGCUAUUUUCACUUUCUGCUCUGCUACAGUCACGUCAGUGCCUCAGCUCUACGCGCUGAGACUACUCAUAGGCCUAUGCGAGGGAGCCUUNUUUCCUUGUAUCAUCUACCUGAUAGGCUCAUGGUACACCAAGAAUGAGCGUGCCAAGAGAACAACGAUAUUCUAUUGCACUGCAUCAUUAGCACACAUGUUCUCAGGUUACCUACAAGCAGCAGCAUAUGACAAUCUCGACGGCCACCUUAGUCAUGCUGGCUGGCAAUGGCUAUUCAUCAUCUGCGGCAUCAUCAGUCUACCGGUUGGUGUGAUCGGUUAUUUUUUCAAUCCUGACUUCCCCGAAAAUACAAGAGCCUUCUACUUGACCAAAGAUGAAGCAACCUAUGCCCGACAAAGACUUGUUCUGGAUGGUUAUACACCUCUAGGUUCGUCCUCAUCAAAAUGGGACAAGAANAAGAUACUCCGCAUCGCUACGACAUGGCAGUUCUGGGUCUUAUCCUUUGGCUACUUCUUCGUGCAGUCGAGCCAUCCGUCGCAGCAGCCUUUCUACUCGCUCUGGCUGAAAGCCGAAGGUCAUAGCGUAUAUCAAAUCAACGUGUGGCCAACAGGUCAGUCAGCAGUCGGUGCUGUGACGCAAGUCAUCGCAGGUAUGCUGUCAGACUCGCCUCUACUCGGUGGCAAGAGAUGGCAGUCGAUAGCAGUACUGCAAGGUGCAUCGUUCUUCGGCACGCUCGUUCUGGCUAUCUGGAAUGUACCCAUCGGUCUCAAAUACUUUGCCAUGUACAUCUCGUUCUGUUCUCAAGGUGUACCAGGGCUAUUUUACUCUUGGUUCCCAGAUCUGAUGCCGCAUGACCACGAGAUGCGUGGCUUUCUUACUGCCUUCUCGAACAUGUUCUCCUACGUCAAUCAGAUCUGGUUUCAAGAUGCAGUCUGGAGGACAGAAGAAGCUCCGACAUUCCGUCCUGGAUUUAUUGCCGCAGCAUCAUUCAGCGUUGCCUUGACCCUGACGGCUUGUUUGAUACGCGUCCUGGAGAAAAGAGAUUUGAAACGUGGAGAGCGGACAAAGGAUAUGCAAGCAGCUGGUAGAGCGGAAGAUGCAGUGGUUCCUGAGAUCCAGGCUGAUCCUGCCCACGUAGCAUGA